AUGCCCAAAGCUGUGUCCUAUAUGGCUAAAAACACCUUGAAAAUGGAUGAAGCUUUGCUAACAGUCCACAACCAACUGACAGAAGAUAUCACAGUCCUCUUCGUCUCAGACUACUGCUACAAGUGUCUGUACCAGCCAGUGGUCAACGUGAGUGCCGAACAGAAGAAUGCGUCUGUAGUGGUCAGCACGCUGUUCACGCUCACUCUGAAGGUGGAGCCGUACUCCCAAAACCGGACUCUGUGCAGGUGGACGCAGGCUUUUGAGGAGGCAGGACAUUACUCCCUCCGGGUCACUCAGUACGAGACAACCAGCGAUGUGACCUGCUUUCUGUCCGUGGACAAGAGUCCAAAUAACAGCUACCUACCUCUCCUGGCUGCAGCUCUUGUACUGGCUGUGCUGUCUCUCCUGUGGACCGUGGCUCCAUACGUAUACAGAUGGAAGUGUACUUCAAAGAUCAUCAAUUUAAUUUCCUGCCGGCGCCCUCAAUUAUCUACAGAAAAUGAAGAUCUAUCUGCCGAGAUUACUAGCCAACCAAAAUCCUCACGGCUCAAGUCACUGGACACCUUCCGAGGGUUGUCUCUGACACUCAUGGUGUUUGUGAACUACGGAGGAGGAGGCUACUGGUUCUUUCAGCAUGCUCCAUGGAACGGUCUAACUGUGGCUGAUCUCGUGAUGCCUUGGUUUGUGUUCAUCAUCGGCACGUCGGUGGUGCUGGCGUUCAGCUCGAUGCGGCGGAGAGGCGUGGGCCGUCUGCAGCUGCUGAGGAAGCUCUCCUGGAGAUCCGCCGUCCUGAUUCUAAUUGGCUUCUGCUUCAUCAACUACAGCCCCAGAGAUGGACAGCGUACUGUCAUGGUCCUGGUUACGGAUUCCUGGAGUUCUGCAGCGUUUGGGCUUCACCUACUUUGUUCUGGCUUUGAUCACAACUGGUGGAACCCUAUUCAGGACUUGGUGUUGUACUGGCCCGAGUGGCUCUUCAUCGUCGCUCUGGAGACGGUGUGGUUGUGUGUCACCUUCCUGCUUCCUGUCCCAGGCUGCCCCACUGGCUAUUUAGGGGCCGGGGGUAUCGGAGACGAAGGACUGUUCCCCAACUGCACUGGAGGAGCGGCUGCAUAUGUAGACAGGUGGUUGUUAGGAGACAACAUCUACUGGCAUCCAACCUGCAAGACCCUGUACCGGACGACACAGCCCUUUGACCCAGAAGGAGUUCUGGGAACUAUCAACUCUGUCGUCAUGGGUUUCAUGGGGAUGCAGGCUGGGAAGAUUCUCCUGUUCUUUCGUCCGAAGAAUCGCAACAUCUUGAUCCGCUUCCUUGUGUGGGCCAUUCUGCUGGGAACCUGCGCAGCCAUCCUUUCUAAGUGCACACGAGACCAAGGAUUUAUACCUGUCAAUAAAAAUCUUUGGUCUCUGUCUUAUGUGACCUGCAUGGGCUUCACGUCCUUCCUGCUGUUCGGAUUGAUGUACUUCAUCAUAGACGUCAGAGGCUGGUGGGGAGGUCAGCCUUUCAUAUAUCCAGGCAUGAACUCCAUCUUUGUGUACGUGGGCCAUUCUCUGCUGGGCUUCUACUUCCCAUUCAGCUGGGAGAUGCGCUACCAAGAUGGCCACUGGGAAGGGCUCUUCAGGAGCCUAUGGGGGACCUUCCUCUGGGUCCUGAUCGCCUACUUCCUCUACAGAAAGAAAUUCUUCCUCAAAAUCUGA